UAACCAAGAGUUGUAAGCUUUCUCAAAGUAUAUACAAGGCAUUCUCUCAAACUCUCGUGUUCUUCUAACUUCUCUUUUCUACAGGAGUGUGAGUUAGGCUGACUUAGCAUUAUCAAGUGAGACUUGAGAUUGUCUAAGUGCCGCACGGAUAGCUUGGAAACAACCAAGUCCGUGACACAAGGCUCUAGCUGAAACAGACAUAUGGCAUGUAAUCAUGGGCUGCAGGGACUUCCUAAAGGUUGAAAGAGCUGCCAAAGUGGUUGGCAUUGCCAAAGAGAACUACACAGUCAUGUUUUUAGACCGUGCCUCACUUGACAGUGUCAGCCAAUUUGUUAACAACUUCAAGCGAUCAGGUCGGCCACUUGAUGUCCUUGUUUGCAAUGCUGCUGUUUAUUUGCCAACUGCUAAGGAGCCAACUUUUACUGCUGAAGGGUUUGAACUCAGUGUUGGGACUAACCAUCUUGGACACUUCCUCCUUUUGCGGUUGAUGCUCGAUGACUUGAAGCAGUUAUCCAUCGAAGCGUCUCAUCAUUGUUGGCUCAAUUACAAGUCAUCCCUACAGCUUCUGUUUUUGGUUCAUCAUGGCCCAAUUGACAACAAAUAUUUGCCCACACAAAGUUCUCAUUUUAUUGGCAACUAAUACUUGACAAAAUACGUAUACAUAGAAAUAUGUAUACAUGUGUAUGUAUAUAAUGUUCUUGGAGAACCUAAAAAAAUAAAAUAAAUAAUAAUAAUAAUAAAUAAAAAGAACUAAGCAUUUAUUCUGGUUCUACGAUUAUCAUUUUGUCUAAUUUUUAAUGAUUUUAUGAUUAUCAUUAGAUUUUGACGAAUUGUUGUCACAUUUAUCAUUCUUUGUUCAAUUUACAUAAUUACUAAGCUAUUGUGGUGGUUUGCAU